GUGACCGCCUCCCCCCGCCCCUUCUGGCUCCUGGAAGCGGCGGCUGCUGCUGGCGCGCGCGGGCUUGGUCCAGCUGGGGGUUCGAUGCCCGCCGAGUGCCGCUUCCCGCCCGCCCCCAUGUCCCAGGCCGGUCCGGGCGCCGUGGCCGCGCUGGAGCCCCCGGCGGUGGCGACGCUGAAGCGGGCGGUGGAGCUGGACUCGGCGUCCCGCUUCCAGGAGUCGCUGGUGUGUUACCAGGAGGGGAUCGACUUGCUGCUGCGGGUGCUGAAAGCUACAAAAGAUGAAACAAAAAAAGCUCACUACAGACAAAAAAUAUCUGACUACAUGGAGAGAGCUGAAGCAAUUAAAAAACAUAUUGAAAAAGAAAGAGAAGAUGGUAAAUACCACCAGCAAAUUAAAAUUGAAGAAAAUGCAACUGGUUUCAGCUAUGAGAAGGUUUUCCAAGACUACCUUAAUGAGACUGUUACAGAAGUUUGGGUAGAGGACCCAUACAUUAGACAUGUUCACCAGUUCUACAACUUCUUACGAUUCUGUGAGAUGCUUGUUAAGGGGCCCUGCAAAGUGAAAACUAUCCACCUUCUCACUUCCUAUGAUGAAGGCAGUGGAAAGAGUCAGCAGACAAGUAGUCUAGAAGAAAUAAAGCAAUCACUAAAGAACUAUGGAGUGACACUGAAUGUCUCAUUUUCAUCUUCAAUUCAUGAUCGAGAAAUAAGAUUCAACAAUGGAUGGAUGAUUAAGAUUGGAAGAGGGCUUGAUUAUUUUAAGAAACCACAGGGUCGUUUUUGCCUUGGAUACUGUGAUUUUGAUUUGAGACCAUGUCAUGAAACAACAGUGGAUGUCUUUCAUACUAAACAUACAAAGAAAACAUGACCGAAUAUUCGUUAUUUAAUUACUGCUCUUACAAGCUUUAAAUGCCUGCUUUUAAUUUCUCUCAAUUACAUGUAGUGUACAUUUUUUUAUGGAAUAAACUAUAUAUUUUUUAUA